CCGCGCCGCCGCUCCGGGGGGACCCGGCCGCCGCCAGGAUGCUCCUGCCCACCUUGUACCUCGUGCUGCCCCUGCUGGAUGCACUUUUGUCCGCAGAAGUGAGCGGGCUGCCUGGAGGGGACCGCCUGGACUGCGUGAAAGCCAGCGAUCAAUGUCUCAAGGAGCAGAGCUGUAGCACUAAAUACAGGACACUGAGGCAGUGCGUGGCCGGCAAAGAGAGCAACUUCAGCCGGGCGACGGGCCUGGAGGCGAAGGACGAGUGCAAAAGCGCCAUGGAGGCUCUCAAGCAGAAAUCCCUGUACAACUGCCGCUGCAAGAGGGGCAUGAAGAAGGAGAAGAACUGCCUGCGCAUUUACUGGAGCAUGUACCAAAUCUUACAGGGAAAUGACUUGCUUGAAGAUUCCCCCUAUGAACCAGUUAACAGCAGAUUAUCAGACAUAUUCAGGCUAGCACCAAUUGUAUCAGUGGAGCCGGCACUUUCAAAAGGGAACAAUUGCUUGGAUGCAGCCAAAGCCUGUAACUUGAACGAUACCUGCAAGAAAUUCAGAUCUGCUUACAUAACCCCCUGCACCAGCAGCACGUCUAACGAAAUCUGUAACAAGCGGAAGUGUCAUAAAGCCCUCCGGCUGUUUUUCGACAAAGUCCCCCCAAAGCACAGCUAUGGGAUGCUCUUCUGCUCCUGUCGAGACAUAGCCUGUACAGAAAGGAGACGGCAGACUAUUGUUCCUGUGUGUUCAUAUGAGGACAAGGAGAAACUAAACUGCUUGGAUUUACAAGAAUCCUGCAAGAAGAAUUACAUCUGCAGAUCUCGCCUUGCAGAUUUUUUCACAAACUGCCAGCCUGAGUCACGGUCUAUUAGUAGCUGUCUGAAGGAAAACUAUGCUGACUGCCUCCUCGCUUACUCGGGGCUUAUUGGCACAGUAAUGACACCAAACUACAUAGACUCCAAUAGUCUCAGCGUUGCCCCAUGGUGCGACUGCAGUAACAGUGGUAACAACAUAGAAGAAUGCCUGAAAUUUCUGAAUUUCUUCCAGGAUAAUACAUGCCUUAAAAAUGCAAUUCAGGCCUUUGGUAAUGGUACAGAUGUAAACGUGUGGCAGCCCAUCCUACCAGUACAGACCACUGCAGCGACAACUACAACAGCCUUCAAACACAGGACUGUGGGUUCAGAGACCACCAACAAUGAAAUACCCACCCACAAUGAUUUGCCAGCAUGUGCAAAUCUGCAGGUACAGAAGCAAAAAUCCAAUGCAUCUGUCGACACUGACCUCUGUUACGAGAACGCUAUUGGGAAAGACAGCACAGCAGGAGUCUCCACCAGUCACAUAUCUGCAGAGAAUUCAUUCGCCCUCCCUAGAAGCUUCAAUCUAAGCACACUGCUUAUUCUGAUGGCAAUCGCACUCUCUCUCUGCUUGUUCUUAAGUUCAUCAGAAACCUUGUAGCUGCGUAACUAAAGGACACGUUUAAAAAAAAAAAAAUCUGUUCCCUGUCCUCUGUUGUUUAUCUGAAAUUCCAGUUCUACGAGCUAAGUUGAGGCACUCUGCUCAAACAGUUUCCUUCAACUGGAAUUGUUUCAAAAAGCUUCUGGUGAGAUUUAGAGGCUCGGUGAAAUACGCGAGGCAGUGCUACAUUCCAAACCCAAAAGGCUUUUGGGCAUGCGGUGUUUUAAAGAGACGGUAUGUAAAUUUGCCUGUAAAGCAACCUGUUUGGAUUAUUUUUAAGUAUUAUUAUUAUUUUGAUUCUGGCCUUUCCCUGCGAAGGAAGAUGGCGGUUUUCUUAAGAUACUAUUUAUCUCAUUUAAUGGUUUUGGUUUCCAAAUGAAAUGAACUUCAGACUAACAAGGAUGCCAGGCUUUUCUCACAUGGUGAAUGUGCUCCCAGAGCGUGGACUUUCUGACACUUCUUCCUUCGAUAGAUUGCUACCGAUGUUUAACUCUUUCAGUGUAUUAGCAUUCUCCUUCUUAAAUGUUUAUGUACUGUAAGUGGUUCUGCAUUCCCUGCUGAGAAGCCAUUAUGAGUCGCAGACAGGUAUAAUGUAUGUCUUUCAGUUAAAAUCUCAUAAAACAGAGUGUGGUAUAAAACUUUCUAACAGUACUUUUAUCUUUUAAUUGAAAUCAUUUAGCCUUAAUAAGGGGGAAGAUUAACAAGAAGCAACUAUUGUGAACGCAUCGUAACGCUAAACUUCUUUAAAUCUGCGGAUGAACAUAGACAUUUUGCGAAAGGGUUUCAACUGUACAACUGUUGGUCUCCUACGCUUCUAUUGUAAUAAUAUAGUCCAGGUACCUUAUUGUUGGUUUAAUAAAUGACAUAUGAUUUAUUUCCUCUACUAAAACAGCAUUAUCUGCUUAUAUUUGCAUAGUAAUAUCCAUUUUAAAAGUCAAAGGAGCUUUAUGCCUUCGUUCUCUCAUGACACGUUAGAAUCUGAAAAGAGGAAGUAAAAUAGUGGCGUAGAGUUUAAAUUGGUUUUCAUUUUUUACCUUGUUGAAGUCAACAUAAAGGGUCAUUCCCCCAGUUAUAGGGCAGAAUCACCCAAAGCUCAUCCGUGAGAGUAGCUUUUACUCUCGCUCGUAGUUCUGUUGCAGCUCAUGGAACUGCUGACACGAAUAACAAUUUGCAAGAUCGGGCCCAUAAAAUUGUUCAACUAGUUUUAAUGGUAAUAUUGCCUGGGUUUUAAUCACUCUGGUUUCAAUCAUUAACACCAAUAGCCUAUGAGUGAUCAUGAAUAUUGUCUGCCAUAUCUGGAAGGGAUUCUUUAAAGCUUCAAAUGUCAUCAAAUAGGCAGCAUUUUUCCCCAAGGGCUGUCUUUAUACCUAGCUGUGAUGGCAUGGUGACUGUUACAAGGAGUUAUGUUGAAAUGAUCAACAGUAAGCUGUUUUUGGUUGUAUUGAAAGUAGGAGAGAACUUUGCCAGGAAAAGAGAUCAUCACAUUGGAUUUAUGCCUUUGCCUUGAAACAUACAUAAUGUGCUCAGGCUUGGUUUGAAAUGUCUAGAUAAGUGUUUGCAAUAGGAAUAUAAACUGCAGCUUGCUGAAUUAUAAACUAGAACGAUGCUUAGGAGUGUGCAAAAUGUACAUCUCACUAGCAAAUUAUUAAACUAUUGACCUAUCCAUCUUUGGGAAUUGUUAUUAUUGCCAAAAGUAACUAAGAAAUUCAAAAAUUCACUUUUGUAGUCUAAAAUGGGGUCCUGUAAUACAAGACUCCAAGCAUUCUCUAAAUGAAUUCUGCGACACUGCGUUCCACUAAACUUAACAAAUUCGACACUAUUACUCCGUAAUUCUGUACAGAUAAGAAACUACAAAUUACUUUCAAAGGCAUCAGAGCUGCUUUUGGAGAAGAAAUGCACAGUGUAUCAUUACUAGCAAACUCCCUUGUGGUUGCUGUUGCUUUUCUUGUAAGACCUAAUCAAAUUAUUGAAAAAUAGUGGCAGCAAGAAAAGAUUACUAGAUCCAUGAUAAAAAAAAAUAAUAACUUUUAUGUCCAAAAGAUUUGGAAAUAUGAUGUAUUGAAAUGCUAAUGACUACAGAAUUAUAAUUAGAAAGCCUGACAAUACCCAAUUAAAAAUAUUUUAGAAACAAAUCCAUAAACAUUGAAAUGAUUAAACCCAUCUUUGAUCAACAAAGUUUUCCCUAAAAUAUUAUUUGUACUGAGCACAUUAAAUAUGUCAAGUAAUAUCUGGAAUUUUAAUAAUCUUACUAGUUCAAUGCACACCUUUUUAAAGUUUUUCUACAUUUGUUUAAAUUAAAUAAUAACCACUAAUUAUCUCUCCAUUAUACUGAUUAUUACUGAGACAGUAUGAUCCAGAAUAAAAGUUGUCGAUCACUUAUAUUGUAAACAAUAGAAUAACUAGCUUCUGAUAACUAACUUCUGAUUGUUUGGUACCUGACUGAAGAGUUACUUUUCAUCAUACAAUUGUUGUAAGGACAGCCAUGCCUAUCAUUCACCAAAAAAAAAGCACACCAUUUUUCUGCAUAAAAUUGAAAACAUACUGAACUCUUAAUUUAAAAAUAAAUUGCUUAUUAAACAGAUCAGGAGAUAAAAUUAUGAGCCUGAUACUUAAUGAGGUUUUUCCAGACGUCAUCAUGCAAAUGCCAGGAGAUUUGCAGAAGUUGGCUGUGGCAUGGAUGAUGGUGACCUUGUCAACACAGUCAUUUGCUACAGUAGUGAAGUAAGCAAAUUGUUUCAUUUUUUUUUCCCUGCUCCCAGCUGCUGCGACUGCAUGGAUUGAGUCCUAGGCAAACAAGCUGGGACCAGAUUUCACAUAUUUAUUCAGUGUGCUUCUGUUACCAGUAGGCAAGCGACCAUCCACAUAAAGGAUGUACCUAUUGAUGACGGAGGCUUUAAUCUGGACGGCUUUUUUUAAGCCAGCUAUUUAUGUCAAGUAAAUCACAUAAUGAAGCAGGCAGAGUCAAUGGUCCUGGAUGCGAAUUUCCACUUUUCAUAGUGAAUAAUCACCCUUUAAGUUUUUUUUUAAAGAUAGCACAUUAAAGACCUAAUGCACAACAUGCAGAGAUACAGAGUCAAGAUUUUGCACUAUUUAACAUACGUCUGAAUUUCCCAAGCUCUUGCAAAGGGAAAGUACAGGGACACUGAUGAAGGGAGAUCUUUUUCAGUUACUAAGAACCAAGAGAGGGGAAGAGAGACGGCGUCUGCAGUCAGAGUGAAAGUCACCAAUGGAUGGAGGUCCUGCCCGGGUCCCACUGCACCACUAAAUCUCCUUUGCCAGGUCCCCUGAAAUUGUAUUAAAGUCAGUGGGCGUUGACGGUGUUCAGGACCUUGCAAAAAUGGAUCCCUGGGGCUCCACUGACGCACGGGCCCCCUUUCCUCAAGCAAUUUCACUCAUAAAUAUCACUUGGAAGAGGCAGGAGGAGCAGGAGUUCUUAAUCAGCUGCAAAACAUUUCAUUGCCUCCGUCUAGAAACUUAUUUCCAGGUUUUUUGGGGGGGGGGCGUUAUUUAUUAAAUGACCUCCUGAUAAGACUGAGCCUUUGGACAUUCCUAAUUUGAGGAACAUUAUAGUCUGAACCAUUGAACUAACAGCACGAACAACUGCAAUGCUUAAUAGGAAAUAAGGGGAAAGCAGAAAGAAAACAAACGCUUGCAAAUCUCAUUCCUACCUUCACUUACGUUCAGUCUCCCACACUCCCCUGUUCCUUCAGGAGUUAGGACUAUUACACAGACAUCCUAAUGAGACACUGUCAAGAUUGUGAGGCGUGAGCAUCAGGAAGUAGAGCAUGACCUACCCAAAUGGGAGAAGCAGCGGCACACCAGAGCGAUAGAUGAGUGCAGAGACUGUUGGAUGAAAGGUAAGACCACCUCCAGGGAGGAAUGGCAGCUACAACACUGCGGGAGAAGAUGACAUUCCUCCGGGAAGUCGUGUGCCUUGUGCUGACAGCUGGGCUUCGUUAUUGCUGAAACAGAAUAAACUGCUAGAGAAGAGCUGGCCUGGGCCACGGAUUAUUAUUCGAAGGAACAGCUCUUUUGAAUUGGGUAGCAAAAACACGACAAUGAGCGUACUUAAUCAAGGGUUUCACAUUUCCUUGUCAAAAGUUACCUGUGCUAAUUGUUCAGUUUUUUGGCUAUUUAUACGUUGCAACUUCUUUUUUUAAACAUCAGUACUGAACAAUACACAUUUAAUUACAAAACCCCUCAAACUAAAAAAAAAA